ACUAUUUUAUUAAAUAAAUUAUUUUAUAUAUAAAUAAAUAUUAUAAUAAUCAUGCGUAUGAACGGAUAAUUACAAUUAAAUUUGCAAAUGUUAUCAUAUUGUUCAUUUUUUUUAAGUAGUUGAUAAACGAACCGAAAAGGUGCGAUGGGUGGGAACGUACAUGGUGGAAGAAAGUAAGGUGUGCUCAUACUGAAGACGCGUUUUCGUAUCGUUCUGCGCAUUGUACCAGCGGCCUCCAUUUUUAAAUUCUUGUGUUUAUGUCAGAACUGUCAGAAGAAAUCAGAAGGCAUUUAAUCUUAAUUUCUGACGUUUGUAGGUAGGUUUAUACUGUUUAAGUAUCGGAGCACUAUGCCUUCAUGUGCAGUGAAAAGUUGCUCAAAUUAUACAGGGAAAAGGGGAUCCGGAAAUCUAAAGUUUUUUAGAUUUCCUAUAAAUCCCAUUUUAAGUGAUCAGUGGAAAGUCAUUUGCCAAAAUGAAAAUCUUAAUGUAAAAAAUGGUAUGUUACAGAAACAUUUAUUCUAUCUCGUUGUAUUUGCUAAUACUAAUUGUAUUUAAUCAAAGAAAUAAUAACAAAAACAAUAAUAAUAAAGAUUUUGUAUGUGUAUAGUUCGGAUCUGUUUGAUCCAUUUUGAUGCAAGUGCAUAUAAAGAGGCUUCAUGGAUGCGAUCUAUUCUGGGAGAAGGAUACUCGCCCCAAAAAACCAGAAAAUUAAAAGCAGAUGCAAUUCCGACAGAAUAUCUUAAAUUAAUUGUAAAUAAAGUACCCGAUGAAACUGCUCAGUCAAUUUGUACAGAAGAGCAAUCGAAUGUAGAAUAUCAAAUUGUAGAACAAUAUAAUAACUCUUCUUAUUCUCAAUCAUAUGAUACCAAUGCCAAAGAAAAAACUUUAAAACAGAACAAAAAUAUACAAAGAAUGUGCCAAAAAUUAUUAGCCCGAAAUAAGUAUUUAGAAAGGGAACUUUUUAAGCAACGAAAACGCGUAAAAGUAAAUUCAGACAUAAGAAUACAAAAAAUUUUAUGUUCAAUAUUUACUCCCGGACAAAUUAAAUUGUUGUUAAAUCCGAAUAAAAAAAAAGUAAUUGGUCUGCAGAGGAUAUAGUUGCUGCAAUAUCCCUACGCACUGUAAGUCCUAAAGCUUACAGAUAUUUACAGAAUGCACGGAAUGUGCCACUCCCUGCAUUGUCGACACUUCGUAGAUGGGUUGCUACAUUCAAUGUUGAUAAUGGUAUUUUGGAACAUGUUUUCCUUAUUAUGAAGCAUAAAAGCCAGAACAUGACUAAAAUGGAUAAAAUAACCACGUUAUGUUUUGAUGAAAUUCAUCUAUCCAAUCAAGCAGGAAUUGAACGGAGAAAGGAAAG